AGAUUAUUCUUUCCAGAAACAUGGCUUUGGGACUCCCAAAAUGCUGGCUCUACAGGGAUCGCCAACUUCACAUUAAAGGUAACAGACACUAUCACAACGUGGGUUGCCAGUGCCUUUGCUAUCAGUCCUAAUCCCUCAAUAGGAGUUGGUAUGACGUCAGAAAUAGCUGAGCUGACAGCGUUUAGAGAGUUUUUUGUGAUGUUAAAUCUGCCCUAUUCUGUUGUUAGAGGAGAAGAACUGGUUAUAAAAGCCAGUGUGUUUAACUAUCUG